CGCCAUUUCUCUGGUGGCUACUCCACCACUGAAUUUGGAAGACAUGCGUAUCUCACAAGCUAGGGAUAUGUCUUCUCAUGACAACAACGAUGACUUGGUUGAUAAACAAGUUCAAGUUCAGACUAGUGUAGGAAAGAAAAGGACAGAAACUCAAAGAUCAAGUUCUGAUCUUCCAUCAAACCCAAGGAAGAAACUUGCUCAAAGUUCUGAUAUACGGCAAUACUUUGUUCCAAAGGACGAUGAUAAAGAGAGCACUAAUGGUACGAGGAAUGACAUUGGAAGAUGUGAGCUGUUUAAGGCUUAUCAAGAGACUAGUGAACAAAAAGUUUCGACUAGUGGUGAUCAAGAUGAUUUUCAAAGAUCAGUCAGUGAGUUGAUUGUUCUUAGUGGGCUGCCGUUUUCCUUCGUUGAAUCGGAGGGCUUUCGGAGAUUCUGUCAGACUGUACUCCCUAUGUACGAUGAUGUAUCACAAUUGACAGUUGCUAGGGAUAUUGCUACAAUGUAUUUGCAAGAGAAGGCUUUUUUGAAGGUGUUGUUUAGUGUUGAGAUUAAGAGAGUCUCUCUCACUACUGAUAUUUGGGAAGCUCCUACUACCUCGUGUAGUUACAUGGUUGUAACAGCUUUCUGGAUUGAUGCAAAUUGGGAAUUGCAGAAGAGAAUCAUUAGCUUUAAGCCUGUUACAGAUAAGAAAGGAGAAACGAUUGCAAGACACCUUAUUGAAUGUUUAGAUGAAUGGGGAAUUGAGAAAGUCUUCACAGUCACGGUUAAUAAUGCUGAGGGUAAUGAUAAGGCUCUAACCUUAUUCCAGGAUGCUAUGAGGUUGAAGGGAGCUAAUGCAUUAGUUAAAGAUGGUGAUUUUCUGCGUAUGCGUUGUUGUGGUGACAUCGUGAAUCUGCUUGUUAAAGAAAGUAUGGAGCAUGUGAGUGAUAGUAUCGUUGCUAUUCGGAAUGCGGUGAAGUAUGUGCAGUCAUCAUCCUCAAGAUUAAAGUCAUUCGAGUUUCGUAUAGAGAUGGGAAAGGUUUCUAAAUGCAGCUUGUCAUUGGAUUGCGUUACUGAGUGGAAUUCGACGUAUCUUAUGUUGGUAGCUGCACUUAAGUUACGGGUUGCUUUUGAGAAGAUGUUGGGUGAAGACAAGCUUUAUGGUAAAUAUUUUCUUGAAAUAGAGGAGGAGACUGGAAAAAAACGGGUUGGACCGCCAAUUUCAUCUACUUGGGAUGAAGUGAAAAGGUUGGUAGGAUUUCUCAGAAUCUUUUUCAAUUAUACUGUUGGAUCUUCGAAAUCUAAAUCAGCAGCUUCUUCAAAUGGUUACAGUGAGAUUGCCACUAUUGACUCGAAUCUAAUCAAAUUAAGUAACAGCGUUGACGAAGAAGUACAGAAACAAGCAACAAGUAUGAGGGGCAAGUUUGAGAAGUACUGGGAUGGAUUGAUCAAUAUAAAUCCACUUGUGAUUGUUGCUAGUGUGUUUGAUCCAAGAAAGAAAAUGAAGUUUGCCUCACUUUGCUUUGACAUGCUCCAUGGUAAAGAUAGUUUGGAAGCUAAUCAUCUUACAUCGUCAAUUAGAAGUGUGAUGCGUCAUCUAUAUGAAGAGUAUACUAUGAUGCUGAAUAAACAGUCUCAAAGUGAUGCUGCUGCAACCCAAAGCAAUCAUGGGGGUUCUGAGCAAUCAAGUGAUUCUGAUGGGUAUAUAAGGAGUGACUAUUUGUACAAGGAGAUGAUUAAAGAAAUGAGAAAAGAAGAAGCAAGUAAACAGCUGGAUGAUUACUUGAUAGAAAAAGUUGAGCCAUGGGGUUUAGGAUCAGAUUACGAUGUUUUGUCAUGGUGGAAGCGUAAUAGUUCAAAAUACCCAAUCUUGUCAGAAUUGGCUAGAGAUGUUCUUGCAAUUCAAAUGUCUUCUUUUGCUCCUGAGUCCGCUUUUUGUACUAGUGGUCGAAUCUUGGACCCGUAUAGAAGUUCUUUGACUCCUUACAUUACCGAAGCUUUGAUAUGCACACAACAAUGGUUGCAAACUUCCCUCCAGUCUGAAGAACAACUUCCUAGCUUAAAGCAAAUGUUUGAAGAACUUGACUUUCAAGAGUCACUUGAUCCUCGGAAACAACCUGAACCUCUGGUCACUGAGGUCUAGCUGCAACUAGAGGAAACCACUCGGUCUCAGUAAUCUUCAGAUGGAAAAGGGAAGAAUAUCGAAGCUAUAAGACUCGACUCUCUGAUGCUAGCUGUCUAUUAGCUCUAUUUGUAGUUUUUUUUUUUUUAAUUGAGUUUGACACUGGAUUAUGAAGAAGACACUAAAACGGUGACUUUAUAUUGUCUCUAUGAACAUGGAAUGCUUGCAGGAGUUUUUUUUUUGUCGUGGUUUGAUUACUCUUCCUUUUCAGGUUUAUCUGCUUUUCUUUAUAUUUGAUUUGAGUCUUUGUUAGAAUGUGAAUCCGGUGACUAACUAGAGGGCCUGAUUUUAACAAACUUUCGGCUUGUGA